GUUUGUUCUCCGGCUCGGCGACUCGCAAUUUGCCGUCACUUAUUAUACGUACUGCCGUCCUGCAACACGGAAGGUGCGAUCCGCGACUGGUCGCGUACUCUUACAAUUGGUGCACGUUUUUGCCGUGCAACUUUGCUCAACACCAAGUGAUUUUCUGCUCAUGAACUAGUUUGCCAACCAUUGAGGAGCGAUGGAGAGUGAAGAAGUUCUGAAAAUGGUCGAUGGCAUUUACAAAAACAUAUUGGAUAAAUUCAAUCCCGGUGCUCGGCAGCUAAUCAACGCGGGCAAGGCGUACCUCAAAGCGUUGCAUGGUUCCGCCGCUGCAGCACGACUGUACAUUGACGCAAUUGCCAAAUUAGCUCAACAGGCUCAACAAAGCGCAUGGCACGGCUCCUCAGACGUUGGAACAUCCUUGAUGCAGAUCGCGGAGGUGUACCAGGAAAUCCACGCUCAGCAGAUGAAUGUCCUGAAGGCCUUUUACGUCGACCUGAUCGUGCCGCUGGAGAACAACCUGGAGAAGGACAUUAAAAUUGUGCAGUCGGAGCAAAAGAAAUUCGUGAACCAACACAGGAACAGGCAUGAAACGUACUCAAAGGCAGCCACCACGAUGAAAAAGCAUCGCAAGAAGAACAAAAGCAAGGGCACGGCCAUCUCGAAAGAGCUUCGCGACAUGCAGGCCUUGGAGGAGGAGAAAACCAAGUUGGACGGAAUUUGCGAAAAGGGACUAAAAAAUGCAAUUACUCAGGAACGGCGGCGUUACGGAUUUGUUUUGGAGCGACAGUGCAUCCUGGCGAAACACAUCUUGUCCUACCACUCUCUCGGAAGUGCGGCAAUGCAACGUCAUAUGGACGAUUGGCGCGACGUGGCCCGGAACAGGGAGAUUCUGCCCGACACCGUCGAACUGGCUUUUGAGAACAAACUACAGCAACUGACUUACUGGCCGGAUAAAGAGAUUUAUUCGCAACCACGGACGUCUGUUUCCACGGAGGAAUUGGACGACAGUUGCUCAGUAGUGUCGCAGCUGCAUAAGGCCAAGAGCCUGGACGCGCAAUGCUUCGAGAAGGGAGGCUCUGGGGGCGACUCCGGCUAUUCCAUGUCCAACAGCAAGCAGCUGCCGCGUACAAAGUCCGACUUCAACCUGGCUACGAAUCACUCAUCCAUAGUGCAAGAGUUGGAGCAGUAUAAGAAAGGCCACCGCUCAAAGUCGAUGGCCGCGGGCGACGACGGCGGCUCGCGAAACAAGAACGAGAAAUUCUGCAGACUGGCCCGCGCCCUCUACGCGUACAUCUCAAGCGGAGAAAACCAGCUCAGCUUUCUUGAGGGCGACGUCAUAGCCCUGAUGGGCGAGAGGAACAAAGGUUGGCAGUUUGGCGAAAACAUGCGGACGCAGAGGAGCGGCUGGUUCCCGCUGGCCUACACCGAGAUGAUGGUUUCGCAGAGCGAUCCAGAUGACAGAUACGACAGCUCACCAACGCAGAGACACAUCAACCUGCAAAAGUCGGACACACCAAACUCCGGGAAUUCCGGAAACUCUGAUUUCAGUUUCCGCUCUGCGGGUAAUUUGGAAGCUGUAAAUGGUGCUUUAUCGUUGCCCAACCUUAAGUAUGCUCCAAGCGUUAAAAAGACUCUCCUUCAGGCAGCAGCAGUUUCUUUUGACGCCUCUGAUGAAAAUUUGAACCUCCCACCUGUCCCAACCAACACAGCCCCGCGACCAAACAAAACCAAAAAAGAACCACUACAAAUUAUGACUAACACUUGGUCCUCCGAUGAGAAGAACCCAUCAAUCGGCAACUCGAGCAGCAUGUACAGCAGCAGUGACAGUGGGUUCAUUAUGGAGCCACCAGUGCUACCUGAAGUUGACUAUGAGGACAGCAACCCUCCACAGUUGGUCACGGAAAACUUCACAACCCCCAGCGCGGUGAAGACGUUUGCCGAGUGUGACAAGCGCAACUGGCUACUGUACAAGUCGGCUCUGGAAUUGUGGGAUGACGUGGAAAAGAACAACAACGACCCUGACACAAUCGACUAUUACGCUUCCUUGUCUAAGAUCCCGCAGUACAAGCCGACCAAUGCCCCGGUGAAGAGGUCCAAAACCCUGUGGGGCCUCAAGUUUAAGCCAAAGAGCGGCUUUCUGACUGGCGGAAAGAAGAAUUCUUGGCAGAGUUCGUCCAACCAUGAUCUCUCUGCGAAAAAUUCAUUCAACUGUAAAAGUCUUCAGAGGCCCAAAGAACCACCUCCGCUGCCUCCCCUGCCCCCGCCGAGGAGAGAAUUCCCACCUCUCCCUAAGAGGAUUAUUAAUUGAUUCCUUUUUUAACGAGUGAUGUGACUUUGAGUAACCCACGAAUCCAUGUGUUAUGAGGUUUGAUAAAUGCACUAGUUGUAAAGACAUCAUUCAUGUCAUUUUAGCCAUGAUUAACAAAAGAUUGAUGUUUCUACAGGAAAUUUUCUAUAUGGUCAGAUGCCAUUACUCUUGUGUAAAUUAUAUAUUACUAACUUGUUCUUAUUAAGACUAUCAAUUAAUAAAUAUUAUGUCAUAAUUAUUAAUAAAACAAAAA